GCAUAACUGCAUAAGGCUGUGGGUUUUUUGGUUUUUGAGUCAUAACAACAUUAUUCUUGUUUUUCCAAUCUUGUUAAAGGCUCACUGAAAAUUACUAAAUAAAUUGAACUGUAACCGAUCUUCAACAUUUGAAUAAUUCUUUAAUUGGUAAUUUGGUUUUCAAUAAUUUCAUAAAUAAUUGAUCGGAGAUUAUAGUUUUGGAUACGCCGUUCGAUCAGUUGAGUGUAUCGUUUUUUACACUUUAGAUCCAUAAGAAUCAUAAUAUAUUCGAUACUAAUAUAUUUGCACAUAUUUUGACAUGUAUGUGCAAGUAUCAGCAAGUGAAAACAGUGAUCCCAUUGACAUGCCUACGGAAGGCGACAACAGUCUUCUAUUAUCUACUUUAGAAGCACAAUAUCCUGGAGUAAUUGGUUUGAAGUAUCGUGUUAACAAUAGGUUGCGUAUAGUACGUCUCAAUGAAGGAAAGUUGUACCCUCCCGAAGAUGGCUGGUUAGAUCGUAUGUAUAUGUGUAAUUUUAGAAAUACACCCACAGAAAAACGUAAGCACAGUGAAAUUGAUGAUUGUAAUAAGGCAGAAGAUGAUAACAGUGUUUCUGAUAUGGAUUUGGUUGUGCUGGGUUUACCGUGGAAGGUAACUGAAGAGGAUUUGAAAAAAUAUUUCACCAAAUUUGGUCAAGUAGAAUAUACUCAAAUUAAGACUGAUCUUAAUGGUAAAUCAAAAGGGUACGGAUUUGUCAGGUUUAAGCAUAAGAAAUCUCAAGUCCGUGUUAUGCUAGAACGACAUAACAUUGAAGGUCGAUGGUGUGAUGUACGUAUACCAAAUAGUAAGGACAAACAUGUAAAUAAAGUUCCGCGUAAAGUAUUUAUAGGUCAAGUGUCUGAAGACGUGGAUGAAGACGCAUUAAAAAAUUAUUUUAUCAAAUUUGGAGAAAUAUCAGAUUUAUUUUUACCUAGACCACAUAGAGGUUUUGCAUUUGUGACAUUUACUGACCCUUUAUCAGCUCAAAAAGUUAUUGGAAAAGAUCAUAAAGUUGGUGAUUGUAGUGUGGUGUGUACAGAAGCUAUACCAAAAAAAGAAAUGGCUCCCAAAUGGAAUGAUUACGAUAGUAGAGACAGAGUUAAGGAUAGGAGAAGAGAACGAUCGCCCAAUCAGCCACAAGCCUGGUCCCAAGAUAACAUUUGGGACUAUGAUCAGGAAUACUAUGACCGGAUGUAUAGUCGAGGAAGUGGGCAUCAAUCGGUCAAUAAUGGUUAUUCAAAUGAUAAGAAUUUAAAUUCAGAUAUGGUAGCAGCUGCAGUAAACAAAGCAGUGAUGGGGGUGAUUGGAAAUUUAAAAGGACAGGGUAAUCAAGGUGAUAAAUUGCCAGGAACAGAUGAUUGGUGGAUGAGGAGAUGAAUAAGUUAUUGAGGCCAAUUCUUUGAUAAAUGUUUAUAAAUAAAUGUCCAUCAAACUAGUAUUGAUAUUAUAGAACAGAUUUUGACUACCCAAAAUGAAUGGGGAAAAAAUCGAUAAAUACAGCUAUUCAAUUAUUAUUAAAUUAAAAGUUAAUACACCAGUCAUUGACUAUCACUUGCAAGUUCCUCGAUAAUAUUCUUACUAUAGGUACAAAACAAACUGUAUCCAAAUAAAUUUUGUUUUAAUAUGUUUUAUAGAUAAUUCGUGCAUCCAUUUAAACUGUUGACAAUUCUAUAUUUGUAUGAACACAUUUUUUUUAAAUAUCUUCAAACUGAAAUUUAACGUAACCAUUACAUCACAAAUUAUUACUCUUAUUUAAUUUAGUAAGGAAAAAAGAAAGAAAAAAAUUAUUGUUCUAUUAUAUUAUCUUAACUGUUGUCAUCUUUUAAUAGAUUUUCAUAUAUUGCCCGUAUGCAAAAAUUAAACAAACAAAUUUUUUGAAUAAUUUUUUUUCUUACCAAUGUAGAAAGAGUUAUAUUAUAGAAUUUGUGUUUAGAAAUUAUAAAAUAUUUAUUUUAUUUUUGUUUCUUCUACAUAAUUGCAUUUAUUUUCCCAUUACAAUAAGUACCUUUUUAUGUGUCUUUUUGAAUUAAAUUAUAUUUUCGUAAACACCACAAUAAAGUAUAUACACACUGUUUUUAAAUUAAAGAGUUAAGUAUAUGUGUGAUUCACCCUAAUACUUAUAAUAUAUAAAAAUAAAAAUGUUUCAUGUAAUA